AUGGCCGCUGAUCUGGGCCUCAACGUCUUCCAGGUCAUCCAGAAUGAGCUCCUCUCUCGUGAAGGAGCACGUUCAACUCUGGGAAUCGGCUUUCGUCUCUCAAUCAUAGAAGAACGUCUCAAGAACAAUGAGGCUAAGACGAAAAAUGGCUUGGUGUGGAAACCACUUCAUGCACUAAUACCGGUUUCUGCUCUCACACCUGAAGCAAGGGAAGCCUCUGAGAAGCAGAGAAAGCGGCUGCUGGAGAGGAAGGGUGCCCGGCCAUCGAAGGAUGACAAGGACCCAACGAUGCUGAUCCGAGAUGAUGAACUCUGGUUGGUUCAUUGCGACUUCCCUAGGACUGUCCUCGAAUUCAAGGAGCUGCAGUUCCACCCUGACUGGGUUCGAAGUCUACUCAAUUUCUAUGAUGUCGAAGUAUAUCGGCCCGACAGGAAACUAGUCAUUCUGGAUCGCGCAGAUAACCUCGUGGACGUGCAGCUGAACAUGGAAUCUUGUCUUGAAGAGCUGGCUACUACGUGGGGCAUCGACUGGUUUAGAAUAGGGGGUCUAGCCUUACCUGGUCAAUCUCUUCCGCAUCCUCAGCCAUAUCAGGUUUGA